GGGACCGGUCUCCGGUGAGACGUGCAGCCGGCCUGCGCGCACCCCUGGAGUUCUCGCGGCCUCUGGGAGCGUGCGCAGGCGCGAGCUGCGCUAGAAAGAACUGGUCUAGGUGGCAUUCGAGCGGAGUGCUGACAGGUCACCGGCUUUGGGCACGAUGGGUCCUGGAGAGGAGCUACCUGUGGAGCGGGGCGCCUGCGGCGGUGCCUCUGAGUUGGAGCUGCUGAAACUGCGCGCCGCGGAGCGCAUCGACGAGGCGGCCGGCCGCCUAGGGGCCCUGAGCCAGGCCAUCUGGAGCCAGCCCGAGCUGGCCUACGAGGAGCAACAUGCCCACGGCGUGCUAACGCGCUUCUUCCAGUGCGAGCCACCGGCCGCCUCUUGGGUGGUGCAGCCGCACUACCACCUGGCCACGGCCUUCCGCGCCGAAUGGGAGACACCGGGGGUCCAUGUGUCACAGAACCCUCUGCACCUGGGCUUUCUGUGCGAAUACGACGCACUGCCCAGCAUCGGGCACGCAUGCGGCCAUAACCUAAUCGCUGAGGUCGGGGCGGCGGCGGCGCUGGGCUUGAAAGGGGCUCUGGAGGGCUUCCACGGGCCGCCUCCGCCGGUAAAGGUAAUUGUCCUGGGAACCCCUGCAGAAGAAGAUGGUGGUGGCAAAAUUGAUUUAAUUGAAGCGGGGGCUUUUAAAAAUCUUGACGUUGUUUUUAUGGCCCAUCCAUCCCAAGAGAAUGCUGCCUAUCUGCCUGAUGUGGCUGAACAUGAUGUGACUGUGAAAUACCAUGGAAAAGCAUCUCAUGCUGCUGCUUACCCCUGGGAGGGAGUAAACGCGGUCGACGCUGCUGUUCUCGCGUACAACAAUCUAUCUGUGUUGAGACAGCAAAUGAAACCAACCUGGAGAGCUCAUGGGAUAAUAAAAAAUGGUGGUGUAAAACCCAAUAUCAUUCCCUGUUAUUCUGAAUUAAUCUAUUACUUCCGUGCACCCUCAAUGAAAGAACUUACAGUUUUGACCGAAAAGGCAGAAGAUUGCUUCAGAGCUGCAGCUUUGGCUACUGGGUGCACAGUGGAAAUUAAAGGUGGAGCACAUGACUAUUACAAUGUCCUUCCCAAUAAAAGCCUAAGGAAAGCUUAUAUUGAAAAUGGGGAAAAGCUGGGAAUAGAAUUCAUUUCAGAAGAUGAUGCAGUUUUGAAUAGCUCUUCAGGAUCUACUGAUUUUGGAAACGUUAGUUUUGUGGUUCCUGGGAUUCAUCCAUAUUUUUACAUUGGAUCUGAUGCCCUGAAUCAUACAGAACAAUACACUGAAGCUGCAGGAUCUCCAGAAGCUCAAUUCUACGCUUUGCGUACAGCCAAAGCUCUGGCAAUGACUGCGUUGGAUGUGAUUUUUAAACCAGAGUUGCUAAAAAGAAUCAGAGAAGACUUUAAAUUGAAACUUCAAGAAGAAGAGUUUUUAAAUAGAGUAGAAUAAAAGGAAGAUUUAGGAGCCACUUGUGGAUCAUUAAGAAGUGGUAAUGAUUUUUUUCCUGUAAUCUUUUUUGAUGAAUGAGGAGGGCAUGCUUAUUUUUCAGUCUUAAAAGAGUCAAAUUUCUCUUAGCUGAAAAGUGAGGCCAUAGUGUGGAGAAAAUACAUUAACUUAUAACUGAAUUAAAAUUUUCACAAAUUUAUAUUUGGUGGAAUUGAGAUCUUUCAGGAGCUGGUAUAUGGUGCCAUUUCUUAAACAAGCUGGAUACUAUGUGUAUAUCAGUGAUAAUAGUUUAUGAAUUCAUAUGUUGUAUAACUAUAUUUCAAAAGAUCUUGGAGAUUUCAAGACAUAUUCAGAAUCAACGCAAGAUUUUUUUCUGGUAUAGGGUGGUAAAAUUGUUUCAUAAAGUAGUUUUGAAGUUCAAGUUCUGAAUUUAGGGGAAGUUGAGUUUGACGUCUGACUAUGUUUGUUUUGAUUUAAAGAAUCUUUUCAUUGAUGAUAAAAGGAGGAUUUAAUCCAAAAUGCUGUGGAAAACAACCCGAGACUCAGGUACAAAGAAUAAGCUUUAGCUGUACCAUGUGAAGGAAGAAUAAAAUGUUCAUUUUUUAAUAUAAUUAACCCUGAAAAGUGGCAUUAAAAUGAUAUUCCUAAUUCCAUAUAACUUCAAUAGGAAAAAGUAUAGAUGCAUAAUACUGAACUCUUCUUAUAAGGUGUCUGCUUGGUAGCCUAGUGUGCUCUAAGAGGACUUAAUGAGAGAGCAACAAUGCUUAUUUAUCUUCAUUGUUAAUGACAUAUCACCACUCAGGCUUCUAUUCAACAGCCAGCGUGUGCAGCCUGGCUGGACAAUAUUAUAGUUUACCGAGUUUGACAGAUAGAAUUCUAAGCUUCCUUAAUCCCUAUGCUGGCCCAAUCUUAAUUUUAAAGUAUUAUAAGUUUUUUCUGGUUCUUAUUUUAGUGUGAAUUUCUUGAACAUGAUAAAAGAAUGUGAAAAAAAGUAUCUGGUAAAGCAAAUAUUUUAAGCUGUGAAUAGAGUAAAGCUGCAGAAUAUUUUAUUUUCAAGGGAGUCCUCAAAUUUGAGGGUAAAUAUUCCAGCAUGGAAGGCAGAGGAAAGAAAAGUGAUCAUUUGGCCUCUGCUGUGAGCAAGUCACUUGGGCCCCUCUGAGCCUUUGGUGCUCCACUGGGGAAGUUAAAGCAAAUCACUUACACUCACAGUCUUUUGCACCUCUAAUUCCUAAUAGUUUGGGAGAGUGUUGCUUCUUGGGAAUUGUUUAUCUUCUAUGUCACGGGUCUGCAAACCACAAUCUAGUUUCAUAAGCAGUCUGAUUUUAUACAACAAGCAUGGUAAAAAUGAUUUUUACAUUUUUACAUGGUUUGGUCAGGGGGAGUAGGGAAGGAGUAGAGACCAGAUGAUGUGACCUCAAAACCUAAAAAUACUUCCAGUCUGGUCCAUUACAAAAAAAUAUUUGCCAGCUCCUGUCCUGUAUAACAAUAAAACAAAACCUGUUUCUCUUUGAU